AUGGCAGCUCCUGGUGUUCAAUCGUUGAAGUGCGUCGUUACGGGUGAUGGUGCUGUCGGAAAGACAUGUCUUCUCAUCUCCUAUACGACGAAUGCCUUCCCGGGUGAAUACAUACCUACUGUGUUCGACAACUACUCCGCAAGUGUCAUGGUUGAUGGCAAGCCCAUCAGCUUAGGACUAUGGGAUACUGCUGGUCAGGAAGAUUACGAUAGGCUGCGACCUCUCUCCUACCCCCAGACCGAUGUUUUCUUGAUCUGCUUUUCUAUCGUAAGCCCGCCGUCGUUCGACAACGUAAAAGCCAAGUGGUAUCCUGAAAUUGACCAUCAUGCGCCGAACAUUCCCAUCAUCCUGGUCGGAACCAAGUUGGAUUUGCGAGAGGACCCCUCCACUCUAGAAAGCUUGAGGUCUAAGAGGAUGGAACCGGUCUCAUACGACCAAGCCCUCGUUUGCGCGAAAGAGAUUCGUGCCCACAAAUACCUAGAAUGUUCCGCUCUUACGCAGCGAAAUCUGAAGAGCGUUUUCGACGAAGCUAUCAGGGCCGUCCUCAACCCCAGGCCUGUCGCGACGAAAGGAAGCAGCAAGAAGAGCAAGUGCACAAUCCUAUAA